AUGAAAGCUUUUAUUGGAAUUAAAUUAUUUUUUUAUUUACUUUUAUUGUAUUGUUUAGGCAUUGUAAGCUCUGACAAUCAAAUAAACAAUUUAUUAAAACUAAGACAAAGUAUAUUGCAACAUGAUAAAGAACUGGAAAAUUUACAUGGAAUCACAAGUAAUCUAGUUGGGGAAACUGCAGAUGCAUUGAGUUUUAGCAAGAAGAGACCAAUAUUUGCUGAAUUGAAUAAUUUCUCUGCACCAGGAACACCAACAACAACGAUAAAGAUGACGUUAAAGUUCCCCAAUACUGCUCCCGUAAAUAUUAAUCAGGGAAAGCUUCGAGAGGAAAUAAGGAAAACUGCAAAUGGGAAUGGUGAUAUCAUCCCAAGCAUUAACCCAAUUCCUUUAGUUGUUAUACGCCCAGACGCCUUAACUAACUUAUUAUCAUCUCUCUCUGCAACCGUACAUCAAAGAAAAAAAAUCGAAUCAAAAAAAAUUAUUCAACUCGAGAAGUUGAUAUCGACAGUUGAUAAAAAGGUUAUGAAAAAAAAUAUAAAAAAUUCAAUUAGAGAAUUAGAAACUGAACUUGCAUUCUAUAAGGCAGACAAGAGCAUUGCUGAACAAAAAUCGUCCAACACUGCAUAA